AAGCAUUAUAAAACAGUUAAUUGGUACUUCAACAUUCUUCCAUUUCAGCCUCAAUAUUGCGAAGAAGAGACGGUGAGAGCAAAUCUCAGAAAAGCAGCUGGCUUAGAAAGAGGGAGAUCUGCUCAAAAAAAUUCAACUUUGCAUUGGCAGUUUGGAUCUGAAUCACCAAUACCAACAACAACCAAACCAUGGAUGACCUGAGAUCCGCUAUGGAGGACCACAUGGAUCAAAUGGCCGAUCUUGUUCAAAAACUGUCCGCCGAACUCCGUACCGGUCUUCGACCUGCUUACGAUAAUUUCAUCGGUUUCUUCCACGCCAUCGAUUGGAAGGAACCUUGGCUUAUGGGCUUACUCGGAUUCCAUUUUUUGCUGCUGCUCACUACUAUUACUUCAAGGAAAAAUCUCAAUUUUCAAAUGAUUCUCUUUCUUCUGUCAUUGGGUGGUGUAUUUCUUGCUGAGAGGCUCAAUAGUUUCCUUGGAAAGAACUGGAAGAGCUUCGCUGGCCAAAACUAUUUUGAUCCAAAUGGUGUUUUCCUCUCUGUGCUUUGGUCCGGGCCUCUUCUCAUUAUUGCAAUCAUAAUUUUGAUCAAUACACUCUUUUCCUUGUGUCAUCUCAUUGUUCGGUGGAAGAGAGCAGAACUCAGACAUCGAGCAACACUUGCCCGUAAUAAGCAAGAAUAAGCUUCAUCUCAGUUGAACCAUUUUUCCUUUGGAUUUUAUAUAUAGUGAGCUUUUUAAAUCUAGGGUGAUGUUCAAUAUUACAUUGCUGAUGCAGAGCAGGAUACAAAAUUUUGAAUCUUGUAGAUGAUAAAGCCAAAGUUGAUGGAUGUUUCUCUGAUGACAUUCUAAUUAUUUGAGCACAAAAUCAUUUUUGUAUAAUUAUUGACCUUGAUUAUUCAA